AUGGCGGACCGAGACAGCGGCAGCGAGCAGGGUGGUGCGGCGCUGGGCUCGGGCGGCUCCCUGGGGCACCCGGGCUCGGGCUCGGGCUCCGGCGGGGGCGGUGGUGGCGGCGGGGGCGGCGGCGGCAGUGGCGGCGGCGGCGGCGGGGCCCCGGGGGGGCUGCAGCACGAGACGCAGGAGCUGGCCUCCAAGCGGGUGGACAUCCAGAACAAGCGCUUCUACCUGGACGUGAAGCAGAACGCCAAGGGCCGCUUCCUGAAGAUCGCCGAGGUGGGCGCGGGCGGCAACAAGAGCCGCCUCACUCUCUCCAUGUCAGUGGCCGUGGAGUUCCGCGACUACCUGGGCGACUUCAUCGAGCACUACGCGCAGCUGGGCCCCAGCCAGCCGCCCGACCUGGCCCAGGCGCAGGACGAGCCGCGCCGGGCGCUCAAGAGCGAGUUCCUGGUGCGCGAGAACCGCAAGUACUACAUGGAUCUCAAGGAGAACCAGCGCGGCCGCUUCCUGCGCAUCCGCCAGACGGUCAACCGGGGGCCCGGCCUGGGCUCCACGCAGGGCCAGACCAUUGCACUGCCCGCACAGGGGCUCAUCGAGUUCCGCGACGCUCUGGCCAAGCUCAUCGACGACUACGGAGUGGAGGAGGAGCCGGCCGAGCUGCCCGAGGGCACCUCCUUGACUGUGGACAACAAGCGCUUCUUCUUCGAUGUGGGCUCCAACAAGUACGGUGUGUUUAUGCGCGUGAGCGAGGUGAAGCCCACCUACCGCAACUCCAUCACCGUGCCCUACAAGGUGUGGGCCAAGUUUGGACACACCUUCUGCAAGUACUCGGAAGAGAUGAAGAAGAUCCAAGAGAAGCAGAGGGAGAAGCGAGCCGCCUGUGAGCAGCUCCACCAGCAGCAGCAGCAGCAGCAGGAGGAGACCGCCGCUGCCACCCUGCUGCUGCAGGGUGAGGAAGAAGGGGAAGAAGAUUGAUCAAACUGGCAAAAAAAACCCCACACACAUGCAUACACACACACACACACACACACACACACAGAGCCACAACAGAGAAAAUAUACUGUAAAGAAAGAGAGAAAAUAAAAAGUAAAAAAGUAAAAAAAAAAAAAAAAAACUCUUAACUCCAAGGGAGCACCACCCACAGAACCUCCACCAACUGACAGUUUCUCUUCUUGACUUGCCACCCAUCGCUGGAUGUUGUCCACUUUAUCCACCAUAUAAAACAGUAAGCAGCUGCUAAAAACAAAAAAAAAAAAACAAAAAAAAUACAAAAAGUAAUAACAUUAUAUGAACUGUGUUUCCUACUUGAUUAAAAAAUAUAAAGAACUGAGUGUUUAUUUCCCUAAUUAACCAAGAACUUUUGUACACGUUUAAGCUAUUAUUAUUAAAAGUGUUUGCAAAAUGGUCAAGAUUAUAAUAUUGCUGAAUUAUAUAAAAGUCCUUUUCAUGUUGAGCUAACAUUUGACUUUAGCACAAAAAAGAGAUAUUUUAGAACACGUAAAAUAAUAUUUUUAGUUUUUCUCAUUUUGUUACCAAAUUUCAAACCUUACAUGGAGGUUAUUAUAGUAUAUUUGACACCCUAUAUACCUGUGAUUAGAGAUGUGUAUAUAUAUGAGGGCUAGGCAUGCUGUGUGUCUGAGCUUUGUCUAAAUGUUAUGCAGAAGUUUGUAGAGUUAAAGGUACGUAGGUUUAAUUCAUGCAAGGUAAACAAUAAGUGCUCUCUUUUAUACAAUAUGCAUUGCAUCUGGACCUUAAACAUAAAAAAAUGGUCAGUGAAACUUCUGUGAACAUGAAGAAAUUAUUAAAAAAGGCAUUUAAAUGAAAUUUGCUAAGUUGUGAUUUUUAUGGUUGGAACCAAAGUUAUUCAAAUAGUGAAAGAAAAAAGAGAAAGAAAAGGAAAUCUCCCAUAAUAUUUUUCUGCAUCUGUUUGCUUUGACUGAGUAGGCGUUUUGUCAUUAUUGUGUAUAUGAGAUGUACUUGUAUUGUUCAUAAUAUAUUUUUUUUAUUAUGUGUAGAAAGAUUUUAAAAACUAACGUGCAGCAAUUUCCAGUGAACCUGUUCUUGGACAUCAGGUAGUGAGUCUAUUUGUGGUCACUAGCACUGUCUCCUAAACUUGUAAGAAGUCUGAAGCUACCCUUUGAUUUUUGCCAGUGCUAUUAACUUAUGUAGACCUGUUAAAAAGCAGAGCAACACAAUUAUAGUUAUCCUACUGAGCCAUGGAUUCUGAGCUUCAUUUUAAAAGUGAAAGCCAAGUUGGUGUAUGUAAAGGAUUUCCAUGUAGCUGUGGUGCUAGUUAUUACUGGCUACAUUAUAUGCUAAUGUAUUUGUGUUCCCCAAGUGUACAAGCCUUUUAUCAAAAGUAUGUUCUCUAACUCAUAUAUUCAAGGUGUAGGGUAUGAAAAUGCAAAGCUUAGGAGAGCACUUUACAAAGCUGGUGUCCUCCAAACUGAAAUUGUUUGUAACGAUAGUCUUUUACAGGUUUUCAUUUAAAGAUGUUCGUGUGCUUUUAAUUGACAACUAACUUCUUGCUGCUGUAUAGUAAAAUAUUAAUAUAUUUUUAUCAUUAAACUGCUGCAUGACUAUCAUCUUUGAGUGAAGAGAAAAUGUUAUAAAAAAAAGAUGCCUUAAACAGUACAUUUUGGUUUGGAAUUCUGUAGAAAGUAUUUUGGUUUAAAAAAAAAAAAAAGGAUCUUGUCUGACAUAGAGAGUUCUGGGGAUGGAAUUGUUUUCUUGGCAAAUCCAGCCGUGUAGAUCUAACUGCUGUAUGUAGAAGACACCACCUGUAGGAGCUGGAAGGGAUCAUGCUUCUCACAUUGUAAAGCAUUGGCCUAGGAAGGUGAAAAAGUUGUCUUUUUGAAGGAUUUUUUUUUUUCUGCUGGUUCUUUGGGUUUUGAGUUGGUAUUUUUAAGCUCCCUGGUUGAGUGUGUUGUCUUUGUUUUUGAGAUCUACUGUAUGUGUUGAAUAACAAGCUAUUUCCAUUGUACUGUGCAUUUUCCCAUUAAAUUGUUUGCUUUUAAUAUUCAUACAAUGUUAAAUAUGAGGUGACCGUAAAAUAGUUAGGAGUUUCUUUACUUACAAAAAUCACUGGAAAUGAUUAAAUUGCUUUUCCCCUUCCCCCAAGGUGCAUUUUUCUUUCCAUAUAGUAAAGUUGAGCUUCUACAGUGCAUAAUGUGACAUUUGGAAUGCUUAUCAACUGCAUGUAAACAUUAAUAACCUGCACUUUUUUGUCUUAAGGUUUGUUGAGCUGUUUUGUUCACUGUACUUUAACUGUGAUAUGGAAAAGACUGCAUUCUCUGUGCUGUUACUAGUUAGGAAAGAGAAUUGCUUUGAUUUUGUCUCUUGUUUACUAUAGCUUCUUAAAGUUAAGCCUUGUACUACAGGUUGUUGGAGUACUCCUAGAUCAGUGUUUCAUGGUAGCCAGCAAUAAGUAGUGCAAGUCAACAAAAACACAGCAAACUUAGGCAAAGUGUCCUUUCUUUGAGAUGCGAGUUCUUUCAUGAGGUUUUCUUUAGGGUCCGAGUUACCUAAAGUGAAGCCUUUCUUGCCUAUAGACUCCAGAUUCUGCUUGGAAUCCUACCGGAUCAAGAAGCACAUGCAUUGUGCAAUUGUCUUCACACUAUAACAGUUAAACACAAUCUUACUAAGAUUUUGAAACCAGUGUCUGAUUUAUGGUCAGUGGGUUUAAAAAGAAAUCCACAUGCAGAUCUUUUAAGACUUAAGACGUGAUCAUAGAAAAGACUAUUGACUGUAAAGAUGCUCUUUUUUUGCAUCUCACUUUACCUCCCCAAGUAUCCUCCCAACCUUCCCUUCUCCCCUCUCCUGCUACUUCCUUUUCUCACCCCCCACCCCAGGUGCUCGGUACUUUACCAUGGUUCUAUAUCUCAGUGUUUUAUGUUGGAGUUUUUCCUUGUUUUUAUUUUACUAGUUGGUGAACCCUGUUUGUGUUGAAACAAAAAAAGGAAAUGGUAUAUUUGACCAUAUGUGUUAUUCAUAGAAGACAGUAUGAUCAAAUGUGCCAAAACCAAGUAAACAAAACUUAAUUUGUGACAAGUAUGCCUUAUUUUUAAUGAUCUGCUUUUGUCUUACAAUUAAGGUCCAAGAGCUUGGUUAAACUAUAUUAUUUGCCUAAGUAUAAAAGAACACUUGAAAUGCAUUGCGUUCUUUAAAAUGAGAGACACUGUCAAGUAAUUUAAUCCAGAGAUCAGCCACCAGAUUUGAAAUGCCCAUAUUAUGUGUGUGUGUGUUUGGUGUUGUUCGUUUUGUUUUGUUUUUGUUUUUGUUUUCCUUUUAAGUCACCAAAUCUUUUUUAAAGAUACUUUUUAUUUGUGCCUCCUAUUUAUAAUGCUGAUGUUGGAAGCAGCAGUCAUCCAACCACAGAGGGAGCUAAAGUUAACUAACCAGAACUGUAGAAAUCAUUAUACAUGCCUUUGACAACAAAGGAAGUUCACAAGAAAAGUCAUGUUGGCUUUUCCUCCACUAGAUACAGGUUGGAGGUAGAUGAAUAUUUGCCAAAUGGAAAAAAAAAAAGGACAGUGUGAGUCAGGAAAGACAAACUUUUCCAGCUUCUCAAAAGCCAUGGAGAGUAGAAACCAAACCCAACAGGGAAAUAAAAAACCUUGAAAGUCUCACUUUCUAGUUGUCCCAUGCAGGGGUUGAAGUUUGACUCAGAGUAGAAAAUAUAUCAAUGUGUUUUUUAGAUCUUCACAUUUAGAGAUGGAUAACUAUUCCAGUUUGAUUUUUCAGGUAAUGGAGAAAGCUGCUAGUAAUUUUAACCCCUGCCUAAAGAAGACAAAUAAUUUCAUUUGGGAGCAAAUACUUGUUGCCUUGAAAAAUAGCACUGUAAUAGCCUAUGAUAUAAUUAGUUAUAGAAUAACCUUUAUCCCUUUUAAACUAUGCAAAUUAUUAAAUAAUGUAAAUUAGGACUCGAUUAAAGAUAGUUGAUUAUAUUGCAAUCAGAUGGCAUUCACAAACUUAACUGGAGCAUAUACAGAUAAAAUCUAUUAGUCUAAGUUUUGUAUGCUAACAGAAAAAUAUAAUUUAGCUACCUAUUCUAAAAAUGGUGAAUAUUAUUAAUAUUGUACUAUAGGACUGGGAAGACUGCCUCCUUUUUUGAAGAGAGAGAGAUUAAGGAUUUUUAUAAUUGUUUUUCAUCAAAUUUUAAUAUUUUUGUCAAAUUUUUAGUAUUUAAUUUGUAAAACAGUUUGCUUUGUACUGGCAUACAGAAAAUAGGGUAUUGAUUUUAAACUUUUUGAAGCCAAGUGAUCAAGUACAUUUGUAAUAAAAGUCAAUGGAUAUAUA